GUAACACUCCGUCCGUAGGAUAAAUCCGGGUCGUGUUCCGGCGAGCCCCAGUAGUCUACCGAUCGCAUCCAACGAGAGGAGAUCCGGACGAAAGAUGAAACGCGAGUGGCAGUUCAUAAUCUGGAUUGCCUUUGCUCUGGUGGCCCUGGCGAUGCCGACGUGUGUCACUUCCGCAGCCGUGGCAGGAACCUCUUCCUCUUUCUCUUCCUCCUCCUCGGGUGACAUGAUCUCCUCGUCUUCCUCUUCUUCCUCUUCGUCAAAUGCAGCGGCUCUGAGACAGAGUGUCGAUACGUCGGGCGUGAGAAACGGCGAGUGUGCGUACAUGGAUCCGCAGGGAAGGUCUGUCAAGAUCCGCUACACCGAGUAUCCUGACGGGAGGCUGGAGGCCGAGAUCCCUGGCGAAGGACCCUUACAAGACCCAGCAGGAGAACUGGCUCGCUGUAGGGAGGCUGUGAAGGAAACGCAUCGUCAGGUCCAGGAUCGAAUUCAACAAACGCAGCAAGCGUUGGACCGCAACAGAGCUUUCCUCCGUCAAGUGAUCGAUAACUUUGCCAGAAGAAUUCCUCCAUUUGUAGACGGACAGGAUGCUCUACUGGCGAGAGAGAUGUUGCCUUGAGAGCGAGAGGCUGCAUCUUGAGACUCCUCGAGGUCUUGUCUUAACUACGGAGGGAACAAUUCAUCCCAUUCUCCGAAUGCUUCAAUAACGUCACACUGACCUGGUUCUGCGUUAUAUAUAAAAGCUUGGUCAUUAUGAUAUGGAACCUUUUCAUUGUUGCGUAUUUCUUGGCAUUAUCAUUAUUAUCGAUAUUUUUUUUUUCUAGGUUCGAGUGUUCUUUAGAAAGGUAUUGAUGAUGGUUGAUAGGACUUGGGUUGAUAGAUAGGAAUUAUCUAUCGGAGCAAAUGUGAAUAAUGUUUUCGCAUGGUUCCAGGAUGACAUUAUACUACGUUACGAAUUCAGCAAACGAGUCGCCUGAAUUAACGAGAAGAGCAAAAUAUCCAUAACUAUUUAUCACUACGAAUGGACAGAUUAUAUCACUCUGGUUCCAAACGCUGACACAACGCGCUAUGAAUAAAGUCUCUAACCUAU